UCCUGCGGGGACCAAUGGCAGGCAGAGGAUUCAAGAAAAUUCAUGUGUGUCAGCUGCCAGUAUUAAAAAGCACUGGAGAGAGGUCUAGACCGAGUGGAAACUGCCUGCUUCCCUGGGCUCCUUCUGAACCCUGCGCGAGCUUUGUAUUGAUAUUAUUUUCUACACUCUGGGUGCCUCUGCUUGAAAAAGCUCGCUGGGCUAGUCCAGAUGGAUGCGAUUCUGAACUGCAGAGUAGAUGACUUGGAAGAUUACUACAACUUGCUGGGAUGUGAUGAACUGUCCACGGUUGAACAAAUUCUGGCAGAGUUUAAGGUUAAAGCCCUUGAAUGUCAUCCUGACAAGCAUCCUGGAAACCCCAAAGCAGUGGAGGAUUUCCAGAAGCUGCAGCAAGCUAAGGAGAUUCUUACCAAUGAAGAGAGUCGAGCGCGUUAUGAUUACUGGCGACGGAGCAGAAUUACCAUUCCGUUCCAGCAGUGGGAGGCCCUGAGCAGUUCUGUGAAGACGUCAAUGCACUGGGCUGUCCAAAGUAAGAAGGACCAAAUGCUGGAAGCUCCUGACUUGAAUAAUAGCAACAACAUAGCUAAUGAGAUUUGGACCCAACACACUGAAAACAGUGAAGACAGAUUGUCAGAUGGGAACAGGGAGCAAGAAGAUGUUGCAAUGUCUGAUGUGAAACUGCAGUCUUCAAGGAAUCCAGACUCCCCAACUGAUACAGAUCUGAAGUUUGGUGUUUGCUUGCGUUCUUGUUCAAACAGUGCCAAGAAUACAGAGGUUGUCCCUGCUAGUCGAGAGCACUGGAAGUGCACUGCAUACCUAUUUGGGAGAAGAUUAACAGGUAUUAGUUCAGACAACUUAGUUUUAUACAUGUUUAUCAUAAUGUACUUGCCUUUCUCUUUUUUCCUCAGGAUUUUCCGAGGCAAAUUACUGGCACUUGCGGUUCCGCUGGUCAGGGGAUGCUCCAUCAGACCUGCUCAGGAAGUUCAGAAACUAUGAGAUCUAAAAUGCAAAAUAUGCAAGAGCGUGAGAUCAUCUGUUCAACAAUUCAGUAUUUUUUUUGUCAGCAGUUGCAACUUAUUUGUAUUUUGUAUUCAUUCGUUAUGAUGUGAAGGUUGUUUGAAUAAAUGUUUUAAUACUGAUUUGUUAACACACAUGCUAUGAGCAUUACAGAUGGAGGUCUUUUUGUUUGAUAAGCAAACUUCAAUAAACAAAGCCCUUUUCAGUAUUAACAUAAAGUGAUUUUGUGAAAUUAUCUAACAUCUUAUAUAUUGUUUCUUGUAUUCUGAAAUAUUGUGUAGAGAAUAAUGUUUUCUCUCAAUACUGUGUUGUUACAAAGAACAUACUCUCAGUAAAACCAAAAGUCAGUGUUGAAGUCCAUGUCAUCUUAUUCAGUGACGAUCUUCCAAAAGCUAUAUGACAAUGAACUUUAAACAAAACUGUGUUUAUUUCUCAACUGUGUACUCUGGUUCACUUCUCCAUUGCAUUGUACUUAAAGUAGUGAUUUAUCAUGUACAUGCACAAUACUAUAACAAAUUUAACUUCUAAGAGAAUUGUAAUCUUAUUAUAUAGAUGAAAUAAGAACCUUCUUCUUGUUCAGGAAGGUCGCUGUGAUAGAUCAAGCACUCUUAAAAAUCACUUGUUUUCUAUCUUAGUUGCUAAGAUAGUACACUUUUUGCACUAGCUCUUUAUUUUGUAAGGCAGUUCCAGAACUUCACGUCUCCAGUUAACAACUUUCUUCUUCUUAAGAUUUAUUGGUGGACAACUGAUACCGGUAUAUGUACCAGCACUGCCCUGUGGCUUAAUGGUAACUGCCCUCCCUGCUCUCUGGCCUGGUAGACAGGGUCUUCUCAAGGUUUUGUAUGGUGAGGAGUGAAGAAUCAGGCCAGUCAGCCUUACUGUGUACAAAAUCUCACAUGAAAGGUUUUUGAUAUCUUGUGCAACUUUUCCAGUUCUACAUUGUGUUUAUUUAUUUUUAUUUGCUUUCUUAUUUGUAAACCUGACUAAUGUGUCAGGUAUUGACACUGUGUUUUUGUGCAGGCAAUUCCAUUAGCAACAAAUAAAAGUGCAUGCAUACAGAAA